CCUGCUCGUGUCCCGACCGGUCCUGUUGCUCAAGCUAUGCAGCAGUUUGAAACAAAGAGGCUGGAAUCAGAGUCUUUCUCCUCCAAAAAGCCUGUGCCGAAGCCAAAACCGAAGCCAAAGCCAGCCAUCCUCCCUGAACCUGGUCGAGAGCCCCCUCCUGCUCUGAAUCCUAUGCCGAAGACGUCCGUAUCGUCACAAGAAUUGGCCAGCGAGGCAGAUGGACAGCCUAUCCCCGAUGAAGCGACGCAGUUACAUGAAGAAGAUUCAGUCCCCAAGCCUCCUUCUGCUCCAGUACCAGGACCGUUGCCUCAUCCGAACCCCAAAAAGCAAUCCAACACGGACCAAGGACAGCAAUCAGCAGCCGAAGCAGAUAAGCUCCCCGAGAGGAAGAUGUCAAUCCAAGAGAUGACACCAAGCGAUAUCAAGGAACUGUUUGAAAGUUAUCCAGAGUUAGAAGUAUAUGGAGAACUAUUUCGAGAAAAUGAGAUCGACGGAACAACUCUUCUGGAACUGGACGACAAGAUGCUGAAAGAAGAUCUUGGGAUAAAAGCCUUGGGAACCAGGAUGAAGAUCAAAAGGAAAAUUUCUUCACUGGUGAAUCUAUAUGGAGAAAAGCCCCAGGCAAAAACAACUGGGACAAUCUCCUCAAAACCUUCUCCCGUUAAGAACUUCAGGGUGGAGUACUAUGACGACACGUCGGUGAAAGUUGCAUGGGAUCCAUCGGAGGAAGCGGUAGAUGGGUACAAGCUUGAAAUUACGAAGAUAACAGAGCCAGUUGUCGUAGUGCAAAGGCGAAGGUUGUCACGAGAUCAGACGUCGGUAUCUUGCAGUUCCCUACAAGAGAGCACAAGCUACACCAUCAAACUAGUGGCCCUAUCAGGUGGUUUGCAGAGUGAUCCAGUCAUUAAGACCAUUUGCACGAGCGAAGGAUGCACAUACACCAUGCCAAACCGAAGAGAAGUAGACACCGUACACAGCGGACAGGCAGGUACGUCAACCCUUGAUUCCCUGAGUACAGGACCACUAUAUCAGCACCUGCGAAGCGAGCGGACACCAGCCAUUCACAAGGGGCCUACGUAUGAAACUCCGGUGGUCUUCUGGAAUUCAAGUCUCGGACAGAGUUGGUCAAGUCUCCCUGAAGUCAUCAAGAGCAACGUCAAGUACGACAUGACCACAAAGCAACGACAACUCCAAGAGGCUAUCUUUGAAGUCUUGAAGACGGAGGGGUCCUAUCUUCACAGUAUGAUCGUCUUUGUCGAGCAUUUCAUGUCAGAUGAUGAAUUGAGAAGUUCGAUCACACCAAGCGAAUACAAGGCAUUAAUGUCAAAUUCAAGAGAAGUAGUGAAGGCAAGUCAGUCGUUUUUUAACGACUUGAUUGCCAGGCAACAGGAGAAUGUGGUCAUAAGUGAUGUUUGUGACAUCAUCACCAAUCACGCUAGAAAGGGUCUCCUGGUUCCUUACAAGAGCUACUGCAAGAAUCUGCCACUUCAGGAGAACACCUUAAGGUCACUUUCUGAAGGAACGCAGAGCAAGGAACCAAAUCAGAACUUCUCUGAUGCCCUGAAGAAACUGGAGCUCGAUGAAAGGUGUGGGAAACUGCCAUUCAGUUCAUUUCUGAUCCUGCCGAUGCAGCGCAUCACUCGGUUCCCGCUACUGGUGGAGGGGAUCAUGAGUUUGAGAGAGAUGGGCACGGAGCUCUAUGACACGGCAUUAGGCGCACUGAUGGCUGUGAGGGACGUCUCCAAGCAGUGUAACCAAGCCACACGCAGAGAGCUACAGAUGAUGGAAUUAGAAGAUCUCGUCAAGAAGCUGAACUUUGACAAAGUCAAUCCAAACUUCUCCAUACUGAACAAGGAUCGGUCCAUCGUCAAACAGGGUGAACUGACAUGGAUUCCAGGAAGAGGAAAGAAGACGAAGAUUCACGUAGUCCUCCUGACUGACUAUCUUUUGUUAACAAAGAAGAAGGAAAAAUUGGGCAGCCUCCUCAGCCUGAGGAACUUCUGCAAGCGGGAUCGGGUGGACGUACGUGAGAUUGACAGCAUUUAUGACAGUUGUGAAGAUCUCUCAGUUGCCAAGAAGGAGCAGAAAGGGUUCAUGUCGUGGUUCUGGUCUAAACCGGUAGAAGAGAACUUCAAGUUCAGUGUGACUCUCCUCGAGGACUGCAAUGGGAAGCAAGAAGAGAUGGUGUUCGCAGCCAAGUCUCCGAGUGAGCUGACACGUUGGGUUGAAGCCUUCCAACAGCUGGGUACAGAUGAGGAAGGAGGGAGGGUCUACCCGAAGGACAAUUGUCCCAUCGUUACAGUCAUCCUUCGCAGGGACCCAGAGGAGCCUGAUGAGCUGUCUCUCGAAGAAGGAGACACCCUCUUCGUCUUGCGUAAGAAGCCUGACGGUUGGUGGUUCGGGGAGACCAUGCACGACGAAAAGCAAGGAUGGUUCCCGGCUACGGUCGUGGAAGAGGUCAGAGAGAGCGAUCACUUCCAGGGCAAGGAGCUCAGGAGAGAAUUCAGCAAAAGUCAACUGAACCUAGGUCAGGAGACAGGCCUUGAUAAGCACACAUACACCGUGCUCUAUGACUACAAAGCACAAUUGCCAGAAGAUCUCAGCAUCCAGGAGGGCCAACACUUGAAAAUUCUUGAUUAUAGGAAUGGUCGGUGGUACAAGGCUCAGUCGCUUGACAACUUGGAGGUGGGAUUGGUUCCUUACAACUACGUGGCGCCUCUUGACGAGCUGCAAGAAGAGAAAUGGUUCGCAGGACCCUUGGACCGACGAGACACAGAUAAUCGUCUUCUUUCUGAUGACAACCCAGUCGGUACUUUCCUAGUGAGAAGUACAGAAGACAUCGGCGAAACCGGCCCACACCUAUACACGAUAUCGGUGUUGCGCAACAAGACUGGAAACAACAGUGUGUGUCACUUCAAGGUGACUAAGUCCACUGAAGGAAAAGUGUUUGCUGAUUCUGCCUUGGAAUUUGACAGCCUAAAGGAACUUGUGGAACAUUAUCUUGCGGAAGGACAAAUCGGCAGUUGCCCACUGAGUACUCCGUGUCCAGCAACAAAGCCAGAGGUUCCAGAGUCACAUGCAGAAAUUUGGGAGAUUUCACGAGACAACAUCAGGCUUCAGGAAAGGAUAGGGCAUGGUGACUUUGGGGACGUGUAUAAAGGACUUUGGAAAGAAAUCGUCACAGUUGCAGUGAAGACUGCUAAGAAGACAUCGAUGCCGGACGACCAGUUCCUUCGGGAGGCUGACACCAUGAAGAAGCUACAGCACCGCAACAUUGUCCAGCUUCUCGGUGUCUGCACGAAGGAGGACCCCAUCUACAUCAUCACAGAGUUCGUGUGUAACGGUAGUCUGGAGCACUACCUACGUCAUGGGGAAGGGAAACGACUGGAACUGGUUAACCUAAUUGACAUGGGUGCUCAGGUCGCUGCUGGUAUGGAGUACCUUGCGGAUAACAACGUUAUCCACCGAGACCUGCGAUCAGCAAAUGUCCUUGUUGGUGAGAAAAACCUGUGCAAGGUGGCGGACUUUGGCCUGGCCAGGCUGGACAGCAUCUACGUUGUGACCACAAGUAAGAUGCCGAUUCGGUGGACGGCGAUUGAAGCUAUUGACACGAAGGAGUUCACGUCACAGUCUGAUGUCUGGUCCUUCGGUAUCCUGAUGACUGAGAUCCUGACCAAGGGACGGAUUCCAUACUUUGAAUGGGAAAAUGACACUGUGAUAGCCCAAGUCCGCCGUGGCUACCGCUUGCCCCGGGAGGACGACUGGCCGGAACCCCUGUACGAUAUCAUGAAGCGGUGCUGGGACAGAGAACCCCAGAGACGACCAACUUUCAAAUACCUCAAUCGCAUCUUGACCGCCUAUAGCUACUUUUCCGAUAAAGAAUACAUAUAGAAUACAACACGGGGUAUUCCUUAUCGUACGAGGUAUCGGCCCGGCCGGGCGAUCCGACUUGCGGGAAGGCCGGGACCGAGUAUUCUCCACCAGACUCCUUUGCAGACUGAAUAAAUGUUAGUAAUCGGGUAAGGGGACAACAUUGGCCAGAAGAGUUGGCCGGCCAUAUAGUGCCCCCCCCCCAUAUGCUUCGGUCCCAAUUGAAAAAGGGGCCUUGCGGGGUAGUUCCCGGGCUGUUUUAUGGCACUUUCCGGCGUGACCCCUUCG